AUGUUCACCAUUGCUGCUUCACUGGUGUUGGCCUAUGUGGGUGUCUGUUUCAUUUGGGAUCAAAUUCCUCCUAGAAUGAGUGCUAGAAGAAAGAUUUCAAUGAGUGGAUGGGGAGCCCCUUCAGAGCCAGCCACUUAUGGAUGUGUCACUAUUGAUCUAGAGAAAAUUGAAGAUUUAUUGACCAAGGUUUCCGAAAAAAUUGGUCAAAAGAUUACAAUUACUCAUUUCAUGAGUAGAGCUGCUGGUUUGGCAAUUGAGGCAUGUCCUGAAAUUAACUGUAGAAUGGUUUUGGGUAAAUUGCUUCCAAACAAGACUAUUGAUGUCAGUUUGCUUGUUGCUUGUGAAGAUCCAAAAACUAAGAAGAAUGAUUUAUCCAAUGUCACAAUUAGAUCAAUUAACAAAAAGACUUUGAAAGACAUUUCCGAUGAAGUUGUUAAAGGAGCUGAAAAAUUGAGAAGUGGAAAAAACGAAAAUCACAAAAAGACAAAUCAACCAAUGUCUUUCUUGCCAACCCUUAUUGCUGGUCCAAUUAUUAGCUUUAUGGCUUGGUUGGCUUGUGCUUUGCAAAUGAAUAUUCCUGCAUUGGGACUUCAAGCCCAUCCAUUUGGUACUUGUAUCAUUACAUCAGUUGCUGGUUUUGGAAUUGAGGAAGGAUUUGUUCCAUUAGCUCCAUUCACAAGAUGUCCAUUCUUCAUUUGUAUUGGUUUGGCCAAGAGUCAACCAGCUGUCAAUGAACAAACUGGACAAAUUGAAGCUAGAAGACAAGUUAAAGUUACUGCCACCACUGACCAUCGUUUCGUAGAUGGUAAGGAAGUUGGAAAAUUAGUUAAGAAAUUUGUGGACGUCUGUACUAAUGUUGAAAAGUACUUUACUGUUGAUGAGGAAUCUAAAAACUUUGUUGAAAAGAAGCACUAA